AUGUCCAGCAAAGCUCCGGUGGAAAACGGAGCUCUUGGAACCAAAAAACGCCCUAGGUUGAGCAAUGGGUCUAGCAACGAGCCAGAAGGCUCGUUUGUAGAGACUAACCUUCCUCCUCGCUGGGACCCCAAAGCUGCUGCUGCCGCCCAAACUGCUUCAAAAACCCACCCUUCACUAGACACUGCAGGGAAUCCAAUGCUCAAUGUUUGCAUCUCUCAAACAGAGAGUCUAAUAAUUUAUUCCUCACCUCCAAUCCGCGACCUUGACUGGCUUGAUGGUGCUAAGCAGCAUCUUAACUGGGAGUAUAAACGUCGAGCUGCCCUUGGUCAACGCUCAGGUACUGCUGCUUUGCCUGGGCAGGAGUGUUUACACUGCGCGACAGGAACAUGCAGCUUUCGGGACCCUCACAAUCCCGAUCGCCGCUUGCAGACUGGUAGUGUUGCUCAACUUGGGAGACCUAUCUCUGUGCCUGCUCAUACUGGUGUCCCUUCUUGGGUCGAUGAAGGAUCAGCUCCUGCUUCUACUUCGACUCGGUCCAAGCAGCAUGGUCCUACGUACUCUGCCAAAUGGUACAAGACCCCUUUGGACGACGGAUCGCUAGCAAAAGACAUCAAUGGUGUGAUUUCCGUUCGUGAGGAUCUACGUGGGAUUCGUGCUCGUGUGGCCUAUGAUAUCAAGAAACUGUCCAAGUUUGCUGGAGACGGUGGGUCGGAGGAGGAGACUCUUCAGGAUGACGAGCCGAACCCUUUUUAUGAUUCUGAUUCUGACGUUGGUGAUGAUGAUACUGGUUCGGCGCAUGCCAGAUCUGAGAACGAUGGAUCGGAGGUUGAUUCUGUCGAUGUCGGUUCUCUCGGUGUUGGGUCUGUCGAUCUAAAUUCGGAUGUUGUUGACUCUGAUGUUGUUAAUUCUGAUGCUGUUGAUUUUGAUGCUGUUAACGAGUAA